AUGAAGGAUUUCUCAGGGAUACCUGGCACUUUUCUUGGUUUGAUUCUUAGGAUGACGCAGUUCAGUUUUGCUGCUGCUUCAAUUGCUUCCAUGGCUAGUGCUAAAACACCGCGCUUCUUCGAUUUCACUACCUUUUGUUCCUUGAUGGCUUCAAUGUCUUUACAAAGCAUUUGGAGUUUCGCACUUGCUUUGUUGGAUGCACAUGCUUUGGUGAGAAAGAAGAUCCUGCUUAACCCUGUAUUGAUUUGCUUCUAUGCUGUUGGAGAUGGGGUAAUAUCAACACUGUCUCUAGCUGUGGCUUCUGCCUCAGCUGGCAUAACAGUUUUCUACUUCAAUGAUAUGGGACACUGCCAUUUUGGAGAGGAGUGCCAAAAGUAUCAGAUUUCUGUUGUUUUUGCAAUCUUGAGCUGGAUAUCAGCUUCAAUAUCAUCUCUAAUUAUGCUUUGGCUAUUAGGUGCAGCAUAG